UGAGGAUCCAAGCACCAUUAAUGCCAGCAUGCAGGUUUUCCAAGGGCUUUCCCUUGUUGACUAUCCAGAAAGUGAUGAAUCGGAAGACGGUUCUACAAAUCUCAAUUCUUUGGCAUACUGUGACAAGGUUGUUCGAAAGAAGAGAAGAAUGAGCCAUUGUGUACGACCUUCUCCUCAAUCCCCCUACAAUUCAAAUGAAAGUGUAGUGGAAGAUAGUGAUGACAAUAAUGACUACGUUCCAAAGCUCAGAAGAACCAAAAGCAUUCUGAUGGAUGGAGUGCCAGAUUUUUCUGAUGCUCUCUAUGAUUCAAAUGAUGACAACACAGAGGGUCCUUCUACGUCAAAAUCUGAAAUGGUAUCACAAAGGCAAAGAAGAGCAUGUUUCAAUCCUCUUCAGCCCGAUCUCAUAGGAUCAGACGACAGUGGAAGUAGCGGAGAGGAGUAUAUUCCAAAUCCCAGGGAGGAAAGCAUGGACAGUGAUGUCAGCUUGGAGUGUCCUCUGGAAAGUAAGCAAAAGAAAAUUAAAUCUCCUAAGAGUAGAAGCAAGACUUCUAGCCAUAGCCAAUGUGAAGAUAGGAGGAAAAGCUUGGAAACAAGUCAGGAUUCCACACAAAGACUUGAUGCCAAUGAAGGUGAAAUGGCACCACUUGAAGAGCCAUCCAUCUAUGUAAAUCCAGUUUUGAAAAAGGAAGAUGGUUCAAGAUGCUAUAACAAGAAACAUCAUUGUUUGUAUUGCAACCAAGUUGUUCAAAAAAUGUCAAGACAUUUGCAACGUAAGCACAUGGAUAAGGUUGAUGUUGCCAAAGCUUUCAGUUUACCAAAAAACUCAAAGGUAAGGCGAGCACAGUUGGAUUAUAUCAGAAACAAAGGGAACUUUGAACACAACAUUGAAGUUAUGGAAAGCCACCAGGGCAAACUCACCCCAUUUAAACAACCAAAUAAAAGGACCGAUGGACAAAUAUUUUCACAUUGUGUAUAUUGCUAUGGACUCUUCACGAAGAAAGUUAUGUGGCGACAUUUUCAAACCUGUAAAUUCAAGCCUCAAAACAAGCUGUCUAAACCAGGUAAAUCAAGAGUCCAAGCUUUGUGUGCUUUUGCUGAACCUGUUCCAUCUGGAUUCAGUGACGCAUACUGGAGGUUCUUGAGUUGCAUGAACCAAGACAAGAUUGCAGUUGCAAUUAAGGAAGACCCCUGCAUUCUUGAGUAUGGUUACAGGUUGUUCAGCAAGAAUGAGAGGGUCAUCAGCCAACACCAGUACAUUCGACAAAAGUUGAGAGAACUUGGCAGACUGCUACUGGAAGCAAAAAAGGUUGCACCUGUGAAGUCUGUCAAGAAUCUUAUAAAACCUGAAAACUACAGUCAUGUUGUCACUACUGUAAAACGUCUGACCGGAUUCAACCAUGAAACUGGUAGAUAUCAAUGCCCAUCUCUUGCCCGUAAAGUUGGACACAGCUUGCAUUCCUUGGCCAUGUUCGUUAAAUCUGAAGGACUGAAGAUCAAAGACAAACAAACUGUACAAAAUGCAGACGAAUUUGCACAGUUAUAUCAAGAAAGUUGGAAAUUUGACAUUGCGAGCCAAGCACUAACUCAACUUGACCAGACCAAGUGGAACUGUCCUCAAGUCUUACCCUUCACACAGGAUGUCCAGAUUCUUCAUUGCUACUUGUCAGAGAAACAGCAGCAUCACAUUAAUAUGUUGAAAGAAGAGCCUUCACCCAGUAACUGGAAAGAUCUUGCAAAAGUUACCCUGGCACAAGUCAUCCUUUUUAACCGCAGAAGAGCUGGAGAGGUGUCCAAAAUGCCUUUGACGUUCUAUUUAUCAAAGGACACUUCUGAAACGCAUGAGGACGUUAACUUGGCCCUCACAGCUCUUGAACAAAAGCUCUGCCAACAUUUUGUACGGAUGACAAUCGUUGGAAAAAGAGGAAGAAAAGUCCCGGUUCUCAUCACUCCGCUCAUGAAGCAAUCACUGGAUGCCUUAACUGAAAAACGAGAAGAAUGUGGCGUGUUAAAGGACAACGGAUACUUGUUUGCGCUUCCACAUUCUGCUUACUACCUGAGGGGAUCAGACUGCUUAAGACAGUUUGUAAAAGAAUGUAAUGGCAUUAAAAAUCCCCAAGCCCUCACAUCAACAAAACUGAGAAAACAUAUUGCUACUUUGUCCACCGUUCUAAAUCUCAAGAAUACAGAACUUGACCAACUGGCAGAUUUCCUUGGACACAACAUUGAAGUGCACAGAAAGCAUUAUCGGCUUCCAGAAGGUACCCUACAGCUUGCCAAAAUAAGUAAAGUUCUCCUGGCCAUGGAGCAGGGACGACUGGGAGAAUAUAAAGGCAAGAGUCUAGAUGAAAUUCAUCUUGACGUAAACGAGACUGUUGGUACAGAUGGAUGUUCCCAAGAGGACAUGGAAGAUAUAGAAUCUGAUGGUGCAGAUGGAUGUUCCCAAGAAGACAUGAAAGGUGAUUGUGUGCCCGGAGCAAAGGGGACAGCAGAGGGACAUGUGAGAUCCCAACAAGAAGAUACUGAUAUACCUGAAGCAGCGAUGUCAGAAGGGGAGGUCAGCUCGACAUCCCAGCUAGCCUGUACCCCCAGAGAAAGCAACCUAAACCAGAAGAGGGCAACUCAACAGAGAGGUAAACAAACCACUGUCAAAAGAAGCUGGACAUCAGAAGAAUGUGGUGCAGUACAAAAGCAUUUGAGGAAUUUCAUUAUAAUGAAUCAAGUUCCGGGUAAGAAAGACUGUGAACAGUGCAUCAGUGCAGAACCUGAAGCCCUAAAAAAUAGAGACUGGAGAGCUGUCAAGUUUUUCAUCAAAAAUCGCAUAACGGCGAUGAAAAGAAAAAUGCUAUGAGAAUCUGUAUCAUUUGCCAAUGUUCUUCAAAAAUACAGUGUUGGCUGAGUACAAUUUCUGUCAUUUCUGGUGUGUUUAUUACAAAAGUAACACUGGGGGCCAAAAAGGGUGUGAACUGGGUGGUUGGUGGUGCAAGAUCAAAGUAGUUUACUUUAGAAUACAAAUUCCUGAUUCAAACUUGGUUUCUUUAACAAGGUAAAAGGAUAAAUGAAAA